AUGCCCAACUCAGAGUGGCAGAAGAAGAGAGGUGGCAAGUCGUUGACAUGGAAGAGGGGUGUGAAAGAAAUCACGAAACUUUUGGGUGCUGUCGGUGCUACUCGCUUUCCAGGAUGGGGAUCGCGUGAUCCUCGCUGCGCCUGGUUGGAGACGCUGCCAACCGAUGUCAGUGGUAUGUCGCUGGCAAUCGAAGCCUUGUUCGGCGAAAAAUUGUUGUUGAGCGGUCGUGCAACUCUGCAUCGAUCCCCUGUCUUCCUCUCCGCCCACUAUGGUAUAUCGAAAGGCACGGUAGCUCUACACAGCCCUUUAUUGAGACAAAGGAAAAUUAUUACAACUGUAUCUAUAGCGUAA